AUGGCAAUGGAGCGAAGAUCGUCAGAAGAGAAGCGGGCCCAGAAGGACCACGUCGUGGAGGAAGAGUACGCGUAUUCUGACUCGGAUGCGCUUUCUAUCAAAGAUGCCGCUCGAGGCGACAACCUGCCCGACAAUUACUUCCUGAGCGUAGCAUUCAUCGGAACCGUCGCGGGCCUAUGUCUUGGGCAGAUAGCAGCAUACAUUUUCCUCAUCCUGCCGACGAAUGUACUCACUUUUAUCGACGAGGAUAUCGGUCCUAGCAAGAAUCUAGCAUGGACCAACAUCGCCAGAACUCUGGCGGAGAGCACAAUGUUCUUGGUAUCUGGACGUUUGAGCGAUCUAUUUGGCCGUCGCUGGUUCUUCAUCGGCGGUAAUGUCGUCUGUCUAAUCGGAGUUAUCGUUGGUGCAUGUGCGAAGAACGUCGACACCCUGAUCGUCGCGUCUGCGGUGUAUGGAUUGGGAGAAUGCAUCCAGCUGAGUUUCGGUGUGGCUAUUGGAGAAUUGGUGAAGAAUAAACAUAGGCCCGUUGUCAUGUCGUUCAUCUUCGCGACAUCAGCCCCGAUUGCCACCUUCGGUCCCAAGAUUGCCAGAGCUUUCGUCCAGAAUCCGUCUCUGGGCUGGCGCUGGACAUACUAUCUGAACAUCAUCGUUGUUGGACUGGCGAUUAUCCUCCUUUUCUUCUGCUACCACCCACCUACUUUCGAUCUACUGCACGAACAUAAAUCAAAGAAGCAGCAGAUGAAGGAGCUUGACUACCCAGGGAUGUUUCUGUGGACCGCGGGACUGGUGCUCUUCCUCAUGGGUAUCUCUUGGGGAGGAGGCAUCUACCCAUGGAAGUCGGCUGCAGUCAUUUGCGCGAUCGUCAUCGGCGCUGCUUGUCUCAUUGCUUUUGGCUUCUGGGAGGCUUAUGGGAAUGUCAAGUAUCCCUUGAUGCCCAUGAAGUUCUUCAAAAACCGAGGCUUCAUAUCACUCGUAGCUUGCGCUACAGUUGCCUCGAUGUUCUACUAUUCUGCAGUAUUGCUUUGGCCCCAGCAGGUCGCGGUCAUGUAUACCACUGAUGUUGAUUACGCUGGCUGGUUGUCUUGCACCGUGUCCGCAGCAACUGCACUGGGACAGAUUGCUGCUGGUGGAAUGAUCAAAGUCUUCGGCAAGACGCGAUACUGGCUCAUACUCUCUGCCUUCGGCAUGGUCGCGUUUGUUUCUUCGUGCGCCUCAUUGACCCCAAGCACUUUGAAUCGAGGCAUCGCUUUCACCAUUAUUGGUCCGUUCUUCGUCGGCUUCAUUGAGUUGGCUGCUUUGGCUCUAGCCCCGCUCUUCUGCAAGGCCGAGGAGAUUGGCGUAUCAUCAGGCAUGCUUGCGUCUAUUCGUGCCGCCGGUGGUUCGGUCGCCGUCGCUGUAUACUCUACCAUUUUGACCAACAGACUGGCAACCACAAUUCCUACUGUCGUUGGCGGUGCCGCGACUGCUGCAGGCCUGCCUGCCUCUGAUGUUCCUGGAGUGCUCGCAGCCGUUGCAGCGGGUACUGUCGCAGAGGCUCCUGGAGUUAACACGUCCAUUCUUACCGCCAUCGCCGGGGCUGUACCUAUCGCAUACAGUCAGGCUUUCAAGACCGUCUACCUCGCUUCGCUGGGCUUUGGAGGUAUCGCGAUCAUUGGCAGCCUGCUGACUGUGGACCCCGAGAAGCAUCUGACGGACAAGGUCGAGAGGCGUCUCCAUGGCAUGGGAGCUGGAAAGGCGGUAGAGAGUCAAGAGAAAGCGGCUGCAGCUUGA